UGACAUUCAGUCUUCAGACCUGCAGCAGGACGUCUAAAUCUUGCUCACUUGCUCAUUUUGCAUCUUUUAGUUUAUCUUUUUAUUUUCCUAUGCAGCCAUUGUAAAAGCAAAGAGCUGAGAAUGAUCAUUAUUAGAAAUAAAGGUUUAAAGAGUCUUUAAAAGGCAGGAAACAAGAAAAUCUUUAUCAUCAGCGUGUCGCUCAGAGAGCAGGAGGAGGACCUGACAGUCACAUGUCACAACGACAAAGUGAUCCUCUCGGGCCUCCGUGCAGCUGAGGAACAGGCUUCACAAAGCAUACCUGUGUGCAGGUGAGUCAGAGAGGGCGGGACUGUAGGUAGGACGCACAGGUGAGCUCGACAAACACUGAUUCCUGUCAGACUGUUAGAGGAUGGAAGUCUGUUUCUGUGUCGUCGCUGCAGCCGUGUACGUCGUCACGGUGCUGCGGAAGCUUAAAGAGGGCUGUGGUUCUGGAUGCUGGCCUGCCGCCCUCGGGGCCCUCGGGGCCCUCGGGGGGGCCGCUCUGUAUGUUACUGUUCCUCCGGCUGUCUGUGCGGCGGCCCUGCUCAGCUGCAGCUUCAUCCUGAUCCGGGUGACCGAGAGGAGAGUUGAGCUGCUGCCGGCGCAGAGCAGAGCUGUGCUGAUUACAGGCUGCGACUCAGGCUUCGGUCUGGCCCUGGCGAAGCGGCUCAGUGAGAUGGGAGCGAAGGUGUUUGCUGGGGUGCUGGAUGCGAACGGAGCUGGAGCUCAGCAGCUGAGAGAACGAGGAGCUGAAAACCUGCAGGUCCUGCAGCUGGACGUGACCGACAGCUCCCAGAUAGAGACAGCACACCGCUACAUCUGUACUCAGGUGGCUGACACAGGUUUGUGGGGUUUGGUGAAUAACGCAGGGAUCCUUCACUGCCCCGUGGACGCAGAGCUCCACCCGAUCGCAGUGUACAGCCGCGUCAUGGCCGUGAACUUCCUGGCUGCUGUGAAGAUGUGUCAGGUGUUCCUCCCUCUGCUGAGGAGGUCCAGAGGACGCAUCGUCAACGUGUCCAGCAUGGCAGGUGAGGUGCCGAUGCCCAUGUUCGCUGCUUACGGAGCCUCGAAGGCAGCGCUGAGUGUUUUCUCCAAAGUGAUGAGGCUGGAGUUAUCGGUGUGGGGCAUCAAAGUGGCCUUAAUUCAACCUGCGGGCUUCAGAACAAAUAUCUUCGGGGACAGCGACGACGUCACUCGUUUCAGAGACGAGAUGCUCGCAGCUGUUUCCUCUGAUGCCAGAGAGGAUUAUGGGGAGGCGUACAUCUCGUCUCUCCCCAGCAGUCUGUCCAAAAUGUCCCAACAGUCUGCGGAGGAUCUGUCUCCGGUGGUGGACGACAUGUGUCACGCUCUGCUGUCAGUCCACCCCAAACCUGUGUACACCCCCGGACAGAUGGGAUGGCUGCUCCCGUUUCUCCACCGCUGCUGCCCCACCUCCGUGUUCGACACCAUCAUCACGAGCCUCAUGAAACACACCGACUGCGAACCAGCGGGACUGCAGAGGAGCUGAGGCUCAUGGGAAAACACAAACUUCAGAUCCAUUUUCUACAAAUAUAUAGUUUCAUCAUGGAGUUUUUCUUUGCCCACUUUAAAACGUGUCCUCUUCUUCUCCUACGCCUGGGCCACACCUCCACCUGCUGCAGCUCGCUGCUGCCGGCCAUCUUUCUACAGAGUUUUCCUUUGAUAAACACAAUGAAAGCCUCGUUAACAGCUGAAGGGAAUCUGUCCACAGGAGCGCAGGUUCAUGACUGCGACGUAUUCUGCAGAUACGCUGACGCUGUACUGAAAGGUGUAAUGUUGCCGCCAUGUCGUCGAUACGACUAUCAACACGUCGUUUUCACCGACUUCACUCUAUUCUCUGGAUGAAACGUCGCUGCGGCCGCGCGCCGGACGCUCUGUGUGUUCAGAAAGACACCAAGAUGAACAGCAGGAAGCGUCUUUGCUUUAUCAGCUAUUUAAAGAAACCUCAGACAUGAAUACACUGAGCUAUGCAUUUAAUGAAGCUGUAAAAACACUGUUCACAACUCAGCAUCUGAAACAGGAUGUAUAACAUCCAAUCAGCCUUAAAAUACUGUACAAUCUGCUCCACAGUCACCGAUGCUCUCGACAGCUUCUGCAAACAGACGUAAAAACAAAAAUAAAAAGUAUUUUGACAUAAAAGCACUAAAGUCCAUCAGAUGGGGGCUCAGUCCUGAGGUUUCAGAAAGACUCUCUUUGUGUUUGUUUCUACGUUGUGGUUGACGUCGUCCUCUUCUAUCGUCGCUCUCUCGCGCUUCUUUGCAAACUUCUUCUUCAUGCUUCCUACUAAACUCUCGUACCUGAAAAAGAAGAAACAGAUCGAGUCUCUAUGAUCUUCAUCUUGUUACUAACAGGUUUGGAUGUGUCUCAAUAUAAUGGAAAGUUUUUACCAUUUCACAGUAAAUUAACAGCAGAUGCAGACACACAGUGGUGUGAAAAAGUGUUUACCUUCCUGAGUUCUUAUUGUUUUGCAUGUUUGUCACUUAAAUGUUUCAGAUCAUCAAACUAAUGUAAAUAUUAGUCAAAGAUAACACAAGUAAACACAAAAUGCAGUUUUUAAAUGAAGGUUGUUGUUAUUAAGGGGAAACUAAAUCCAAACCUACAUGGCCCUGUGUGAAAAAGUGAUUGCCCCCUAAACCUAAUAACUGGUUGCUCCACCCUUAGCAGCAACAACUGCAAUCAAGCGUUUGCGAUAACUUGCAGUGAGUCUUUUACAGCGCUGUGGAGGAGUUUUGGCCGACUCAUCUUUGCUGAACUGUUGUAAUUCAGCCACAUUGGAGGGUUUUCUAGCAUGAACUGCCUUUUUAAGGUCAUGCCACAGCAUCUCAAUAGGAUUCAGGUCAGGACUCUGACUAGGCCGCUCCAAAGUCUUCAUUUUGUUCUUCUUCAGCCAUUCAGAGGUGGACUUGCUGGUGUGUUUUGGAUCAUUGUCCUGCUGCAGAACCCAAGUUUGCUUCAGCUUGAGGUCACGAACAGAUGGCCGGACGUUCUCCUUCAGGAGUUUUUGGUAGACGGCAGAAUUCCUGGUUCCAUUUAUCACAGCAAGUCUUCCAGGUCCUGAAGCAGCAAAACAGCCCCAGACCAUCACACUACCACCACCAUAUUUUACUGCUGGUAUGAUGUUCUUUUUCUGAAAUGCGGUGUUACUUUUACACCAGAUGUAAUGGGACACACACCUUCCAAAAAGUUCAGCUUUUGUCCAGAGGACGUCUGUGGACCGACGAGUCCAGAUGAGUGGGCCGAAACUCCUCCACAGCGCUGUAAAAGACUCACUGCAAGUUAUCGCAAACGCUUGAUUGCAGUUGUUGCUGCUAAGGGUGGAGCAACCAGUUAUUAGGUUUAGGGGGCAAUCACUUUUUCACACAGGGCCAUGUAGGUUUGGAUUUAGUUUUCCCUUAAUAAUAACAACCUUCAUUUAAAAACUGCAUUUUGUGUUUACUUGUGUUAUCUGUGACUAAUAUUUACAUUUGUUUGAUGAUCUGAAACGUUUAAGUGAGACAAACAUGCAAAAAAAAAAAAAAGAAAUCAGGAAGGGAGCAAACACUUUCACACCACUGUAUAUAGUAUGUGCAAGUUAUAACAAACUAAAGGAAACCGACAGUUGAACUCGCUGGCCAAACCUGUUCAUCCUGCUUCUGUGAUUUAGAAACAAAACUGCCACUCACGAGCCGGAAACCUCAAACUCAAUAAAAUCCUUUCUUUUAAAAACACGUGGCCAAUGUUUGUACCUCCGAGCCAUUUCCUCAUCUGUGACGUCUGUUUGCAUCCGGCUGAUCUCUUCUUCUUCUGCUCGUUUCUCCUCUUCGUCCUUCGGAUUCAUCAAAGCCAUCAGUUUCUGCAAAACAACGAAAACAGUCAACAGGCCAGCAUUUAAACAAAACGUGGUCUCGUUUAUAUUUUACAUACAGCGUUUUCAUCUAAGAGUUUUUUGUUUUGCAACUCCAUCUGUAGGAAAAGUUUCCGUUUGUUUUAGCGGGAACGCUCAGAAACAACCCGAACGAGACGUUUUUACAAUCGGAGUAAAAUCACCUCCAUUAAAUGAAGUGAAACACUGAUAUCUUCACGUUAUUUACAGGCUAACAUGUCAUAAAGACAUCUAGGCUCUAACGUUACAAAAUGGUGCAGACGACUGUGGACAUAAUCUCACUGUUAAUUUGUCUUUCUGGGCUCGACUGCAAACCUGACAAACACAAUGAGGAGUUCAAGGCUGCGCGACAACACGACAGAUCGUUUGUCAGCGAAAAACUUUGCACCAAAAUGUUUCUUAAUUCCUGAUAUUUUGGAUAUUUCGCCAGAUAUAUUCUCCCAAAUAUUGUGGUGUCCCUGAAAGUAACAUUUAUGCAGAGAAAUCUUUGCACUGGAGGAAGCAGAGGAUGUGACAGACCUCGACUUCUGGAUUAAAGCCCUUGAACGACAUGCGGCCGUACUUCAGGUCUUCACAGGGAACAAAACUCUUCUCCUCUAUGAUCAAGUUCCUGAAAGAGGAGAAAAUGAAGAGACUUGAGCCGCUGUUUUGUACUGUAGUGCAACAUGUUCCGGUGACCGUUCAGAACAACGUUUGGUUCGAGCACAGUCCAAAAGAACUCACGCUGCUCUUGUUUGUUUCCCUUUCAAACAUCUGGUCAUUUACUGACGCCAGCUACAUUACAUACACCUAAUCACCAAAACACUUUCAUUAAAAUUCCUGCAGCUCCUUAGAUUGCCAUUAAGUUGAUUCAUUAUACGACUCAUUGCUUGUUGGUGGGUUAUAUUUAUGCUGAAAUGACCUGUGAAACAUUCUGUUCACAAAAAGUCUGUCAAUAAAGUUUUAUUAGGUGUGUAA